AACGCCCCCACAAGGAAGCGGCUGGAAGUAUAGAGAAUAGAUGUGGGCCAACGCGAAGGAAUUCACACUGAAAGAAAAAAGCAACCAGGAAGUCAACGGUUCUUGAAGGGCAGACCACAAGUAGCAAAACUGUUUAAAUUUCGCUGUAACGACAGGAAUUGGAAGUGAAGUUGAUUUGUAUAUUGAAUCGUCGACUUCGACUUCCUCACAAUAUGGGUCAAGGAGACAAUAAUCCCAGCUCUAUGGAGGAGGGAGGCGAUGAGGAGAAGAUUGGGAAGGUGAGCGAAUGCCAAAGCCUCAGUGAGACACUGGACGGGGUCACGAAUAUCAUUAAACGGAACGUGGCCGGCCUCUUGGUUCGUGGUGAGAAGGUGGAGGACCUGAUUGGAAAAUCAGAAGACCUGGAAGCAGGAGCCCAGAACUUCAAACAGACGUCUCAGAAGGUGGCGCGAUCAUACUGGUGGAAGAAUGUGAAGAUCGUCGUGGUCAUCAUUGUCAUCGUGAUCAUCAUUAUCCUCAUCAUUGUCCUCUUGGCCACAGGAGUCAUUCCAGUCAGCAACCCAGUUCCACCACCACCCACUAUCCCACCCAAUUAAGCACACUCUGUCCCCAUAUUUUAAUUUCUCUCUCUCUCGUUCUCCAUUUUUCUGUUUCCUGUUUCUCUCUCUCUUCUAAUGCAUAUGCAUGCAUGUAGUUUUUGCACAUUUGCUCACACCUUCAACUGUCAUAUGGUGGCACUUUCACAACUAACAGAGUGAAAGCGUCUGACCAAUGCCAGUGCUCACUUAACAUCAUGAGCUCGGACCACUAUAUUUCCUCAUUUAAAGCAUUGGUACAUAAACUUCUCAGCGUGCAGUUGUUAAGAAGCUAAGCUAAGAGCUAGAAUGAGUGAUACAUGCUGUGGCCUGUACAUUGCCCCUUCAGCAGGAUAAGAUGAAUGAUAUUGUUUUAUAUUUUCAGUGGCAAAUUAUGUUACUUUGUUGAAAAGACAAAUCAAUAAUGUGUUACCUUUGUUUCUGAAGGUGCCUGUAAUUUGCACACAGAAGUGUGUAAAGCUUCUGAAAGGUUAGUAGAACAUGAUGUCUUUCAUGAUGUUACAUGGAGGGUUUUCUGUGUCCUGAAUGUCAUUGCACCCAGUUUAGUUUAGCUUUGUUUUGAUUAAAUGAAGCUCUCAUAGCUGGAAUUUUUUAGCUAAGUUGACUACUUGAGAUUUGUAGUCACAUAUGUAAGAGGAAGAACACAACAACAUUGUGUGUGUCUGUGUGUGUGUGUGUCUGUGUGUGUGUGUGUGUCUGUGUGUGUGUGUGUGUGUGUGUGUGUGUGUGUCUGUGUGUCUGUGUGUGUGUGUGUGUGUGUGAUCAAAGCUUGGUGAAAGACAGGUCCAUUGUGUGGUAGUUGGGAGAGAAAAUACAUGAAGGAACAUUUUGUUAUCUGGAAAGCACUGUUACUUCUCCAAGGUUCUCUCUCAAGGUUGACUUCUCCUAACCAUGGCGAAAAUCUAGUCUGAGAACUCCAAACCCAUGACUAUAGGCCAGCACUGGAUUGUUAUAUAGUUAUGUUUUCAUUUAGACAAACUAAUUCAGAUGGACUUUAAUUCGAUUAAAUCAGACUGGUCUGCGUGUUCUUAUGUCACUUGAUGAGAUUUGGAAGUCAUCUACAUUACAUUUGUAUAGCUAGAGAUGCCUUUGCUUGUAAUGUAAAUGUAAAUCAACCUCAAUGUGUUUGAAGUGGUUGCCCGUGUAAGAUUCAACUGUGGAGAUUCCAGGUUAUUUAUGUAUGUUUGUUUUCAUCUCUGUCCCAACAAUUUUUGUUUUAAUUUCCAGCAUGAGUAAUAAUCUUUUUUAAUAACCUAAAUAAAAUUGAUAAUUCAUACAAUGAA